CGACAGGAGUGUGCGUUAGCGGCAAAAUAAGUAAAUAAAACAAACUUUAUUAUUUUACGUCAAAAUCAUCCUAAAUAAAACGUAUCCCGUGCAUAAAUUUGAGUGCUGUAUAUUAUACAUAUUUGUGCUAAAAAUAGUACACGAUUUGCUUGAUUUUUACUUCAUAAAGGUGUAGAUACCAAAAAUGAACUUCUUACCAAUGUAAAAAGUCACUUCGUACGCAAGCUCAUAUAUCUAUAUUUAGAUAAAAUUUAUCAUAUUUGAUUUAUCAACGAGCUCAACUAACGAAAUGCAAAUACCUUACAUGAAAGUGGCGAUCUACUCGCUUACGUUCUUGACCUACGCAUACACGGGAUAUGGAUCGAAUAUGCUGGCCAGUUUACGCGACGCGAUAAUAGCGGCCGAGGCCGUCUUCGGAGAUGUGCUCAAAAAUGUGGUACAUGUUGCGAAGAAAUUCAAAGUGGUCCACGAAGUGUUCGAUGCAGCAGUAGACGAGAAUUGCAUUUACAAAUGCCCGGGAGAUACAACACCGUCAAAAAAUAAGUUCUACAUCCCGCAAUCGGAUGGAUGCGGUUCUUUGGGCUUAAAAAUCGAUUCGGAAUACUUGCCAGUAGUCGAAAUGGAGACAUGCUGCAACGCGCAUGACAUUUGUUACGAUACGUGCCUCAGCGAUAAAGAACUAUGCGAUCUGGAUUUUAAACGUUGUCUGUACAAGUAUUGCGAUGAAUACGAAAAAAACGUUGUCGGUGAAAUAGUCGUUAAAGGCUGUAAAGCAGCGGCCAAAAUGCUGUUCACAGGAACUCUUACCUUAGGAUGUAAAUCCUAUCUAGAUUCGCAGGCAAGGUCCUGUUAUUGUCCGGUGGGAAAAGCCGACAAGGCGUACGAAAAAUCCGAUAAAACGUAUGAUAAAUCGGAUAAAGCUUACGAUAAAUCAGAUAAGUAUUAUGACAAAGGUUACAAGGAUAAGGAUAAGGGUAAGGAUAAAAAUAAUGGCAAAUAUGGUUGGAAGCAGGAUCUCUAAAUUAACAUACGCCAUUGACUUAGUCAGCAGUUAUUUUGUAAAUAGGUGAACAUUUUAAAGCAGGUAGACAGAUACCAGUGAAAUAAAAGAAUGUGUUAGUUGGUA